AAGAGUUUCCAUCGUUUCCGUAAGAAUUUAGCGUCUUCGAAACACGUGUAUGGGGAGUUGAGUUGUAAUAUACUAAAUAUUAAUAUUUAGAUAUUAUAACUUAAAAUGGGAAAACCAGGGUUUUCGCCAGGUGGUGGCGGAGGUGGUGGAUUUAGAGGAGGUAGAGGUGGAGGAGGAGGUAGAGGAGGGGGAGGCAGUGGAUUUGGAGGUGGAUUUAAAGGAGGAAGAGGUGGAGGAGCAGGUGGUGGCCGAGGGGGUGGCCGUGGAGGUGGUGGAAGAGGAGGAGGUGCCCCACGUGGACGUGGUGGUGGUGGUGGCCGUGGAGGAAGAGGACGUGGAGGUGGUGGUUUCAAGGGUGGCAAAACUGUUGUCAUAGAACCACAUCGUCAUGAGGGAGUUUUCAUAGCUAGAGGGAAAGAAGAUGCAUUAGUUACUUUAAAUUUAGUACCAGGUUCAGAAGUAUAUGGUGAAAAAAGGAUUAGUGUUGAGGGAGAAAAUGGUGAAAAAAUUGAAUAUAGGGUGUGGAAUCCUUUUAGAUCAAAAUUAGCUGCAGCUAUACUUGGGGGUGUAGAUCAAAUUCAUAUGCCUCCUGGAAGCAAGGUUUUAUAUUUAGGUGCUGCAUCUGGAACUACAGUAUCACAUGUAGCAGAUGUUGUUGGGCCAGAAGGACUGGUGUAUGCUGUAGAAUUUUCUCACAGAUCUGGUAGAGAUCUUAUAAAUGUUGCUAAGAAACGAACAAAUAUUAUACCUAUAAUUGAAGAUGCAAGGCAUCCACAUAAAUACAGGAUGCUAGUUGCCAUGGUGGAUACAAUAUUUGCAGAUGUAGCACAACCUGAUCAGGCCAGAAUAGUAGCAUUAAAUGCUCAGUACUUCUUGAAAAAUGGAGGUCACUUUGUUAUUUCCAUUAAAGCAAGUUGUAUAGAUUCCACGGCUCAGCCCGAAGCAGUAUUCGCAUCAGAAGUAAAGAAACUUAUUGCUGACAAAUUAAAACCACAGGAACAAAUUACACUAGAACCGUAUGAAAGAGAUCAUGCUGUUGUAGUUGGUGUUUAUAGGCCACCUCCUAAAAAAGCAACUUAAAAUUACAUACAUGUAUAUAUAUAUAUUACCUAAUUAUUAAGAUCAGUUAAAAUUGACAGUGAAUUUUUUAGAAUAUACACAGUAAGCUUUCUUUACCUA